AGGGCAGCCCUGGAGGAGGGCAGAGCUGCGGCGAAGGGCCUGCGAGCGGGGAUUGGCGCCAGGCUAGGAAGCACGUCCCUCGGCCGGGAGCUGCGGGCGCAGGCAAGGCCUCGCACCAGCCUGGAGGCGGAAGCCCGGAUGCCCAGCUCGCCUCCGCGGGAGCCCUUGGCGCUAUGGCUCACGUCGGCUCUCGCAAGCGCUCGAGGAGUCGCAGCGGGACCCGGGAGCGAGGGUCGGAAAAGAGAAGGAAGAAGAGCAGUAAGGACGCCCCGAGGAGCUGCUCGGCUUCUAGAUCCCAAGGCCGCAAGGCCAGCACCGUCUCCCCUGGGGCGGAGGCCUCACCUUCUCCCUGCAUCACUGAGAGAAGCAAGCACAAGGCCCGGAGGAGACCACGAUCCAGCUCCUCCUCCUCUUCUUCCAGUUCUUCCAGCUCCUCUUCCUCCUCCUCCUCCUCUUCCUCCAGCGAUGGCCGGAAGAAGCGGGGGAAGCACAAGGACAAAAAGAGGAAGAAGAAAAAGAAAAGGAAGAAGAGGCUGAAAAAGAAAGGCAAAGAGAAGGCCAAGGUGCAGCAGGCUGAGGCUCUGCCGGGACCCUCCCUGGACCAGUGGCACAGAGCAGCCGAGGAGGAAGAACAUGGCCCAGUCCUGACGGAUGAGCAGAAGACCCGCAUCCAGGCCAUGAAGCCCAUGACCAAGGAGGAGUGGGAUGCCCGGCAGAGUGUCAUCCGCAAGGUGGUGGACCCAGAGACAGGACGCACCAGCAAGCCACCCGAGGGGAUGGCCUGGCCUUCCAGUUGCGAGCGGGGCUGCUGCCUUGAGGGCCCUGUUGGCCAAGGCCUGUGGACGUGCUGGUGGCUUGGUCUGGAGGCUGGCCUCAGGGUGGAGAGCAGCAAGCCCAAUGGGUGCUGUUUGCUUUUUCUCCUGGGGACCAGCCUCCGGUCCAGCCUCCUCUCAGAGGCAGGGGUGGAGGACGGGGUCACUGGCCUAUUCAGUUCCCCCCUCUCCUGGAAGAGCACAGCUCCCCAAAUAUUAAAUGUCCCCUGCUUGGAGAAUUCCUCUGUUCUGUUGGUUUUUGUGCAGAGGGGGAGGGAAGGCUGCUACUUGACUCUCUGGAAAAACAGGACUCUAGGAGCUUCUGGGGAAAGCUGGGGUGUACCCCGGCAGUUGUGCACACAGGCCACACUGGCCACCUUUGCCCUGUGCAUCCUCAGAUCAGCCUGCCUGGACUGGACCCAACCCCCAGCCCUAGUUGAAUCCCAAACUCAGGGACUUGGCUCUUAGAUCUGAUUCCCUCAGGCUGGGAGGGAGGCUGCUGCCCUUGCUGUGUUUAUCCUGCAGGUGACAACAGUUGAGAGUCUCGGCGCUGGGGCCGGGGGGAAUCUUGGCCCAGCUUACUAGCUGUGUCCUCUGUGAAGCAGAGAGGCUAAGAGUACCCACCUCAAUGAGCUGCUGUGAGGACAAACCGAGUUCAUGCCGGGAAGGGGCUGGAAGGGGGCUUGGCACAGGGUAAGGUCCAUGUGAAUGUAUU